AUGGCGUUAAAAGUGCCUCGUGCAGGCGGACCGAGUCUCUUUAAAGAUGGGUACAAGCACCUGCAGGGUAUUGAGGAGGCAGUUCUGCGUAAUAUCCAGGCGGUGAAUGAACUAUCAGAUAUUGUGCGCACAUCGUUUGGCCCGAAUGGGCGCAACAAGAUGGUCGUGAAUCAUCUGGGCCGCAUCUUUGUGACGAGCGAUGCAGCCACGAUCAUCCGCGAGAUGGAAGUUGUGCACCCUGCAGCUAAGUUGCUGGUCUUCGCGUCGCAGCAGCAGGAGGCGGAGAUGGGCGACGCGACCAACUUUGUGCUGAUCUUCGCCGGCGAGCUCUUGCGCCAGGCCGAGCUGCUCAUCUCGCUCGGGCUGCACCCGACAGAGAUCGUGCAGGGAUACGAGCUCGCGCGUGAACGCGCCCUCGAGCUGCUGGAGGAUCUCUCCAUUGCGACGCUGUCGACGCCGCCCACGCAGGAGUCGCUCGCACUGGCCCUGCGUCCGGCGCUGGCGUCGAAGCAGUAUGGCCAUGAGGACUUGCUGGCACCCCUUGUGGCGCAGGCUGUGAGCCUCGUACUUCCGCCCUCAUCCGACUCGCUGCGCGACUUUAGCGUGGACAACGUGCGGGUCGUCAAGAUCAUGGGCGGUAGCCUCGCACAGAGCCGUGUCGUACGUGGUAUGGUGUUCGGCCGCGAGCCUGAGGGUAGUGUCAAGUCAGUGCGCAGUGCGAAGGUCGCUGUGUUUUCCUGCGGGCUGGACAUUAGCCAGACCGAGACCAAGGGCACGGUCCUGCUGCAUAAUGCGCAGGAGCUGCGCAACUUUUCGCGUGGCGAGGAAAGGCAGCUGGAGCAGAUGCUGCAGGAGAUUGCAGACUCGGGUGUCAAGUGUGUGGUGACGCAGAGCACCGUCGGCGAGCUCGCUCUGCACUACCUGAACCGCCUGGGCAUCAUGGUGAUGAAGAUCCCGUCAAAGUUUGAGCUGCAGCGGCUGUGCCGCCUGUUGGGAGCCACGCCGCUGGCGCGCAUUGGUGCGCCUAUGGCAGAGGAGGCCGGCUUCAUUGACUCGGCCUCCGUCACGGAGAUCGGUGGCGACCGCGUCACUGUGUUCCGUCAGGAGGAGGGCGAGAAGGGCGGCAAGUCGUGCCCACGCCUCGCGACGAUCGUACUGCGUGGCGCCACGACCUCAUUCCUGGACGACGUGGAGCGCACGAUUGAUGACGGUAUCAACGCCGUGAAGUCGCUCACACGCGAUCCGCGGCUGGUGCCGGGCGCCGGUGCGACGGAAAUUGAGCUCGCCCGCAAAAUCGUCGAGUACGGCGAGCGCACGCCGGGCCUGAACCAGCAUGCCAUCAGAAAGUUUGGCGAGGCACUGCAUGUGAUUCCUCGCACGCUGGCGGAGACGUCUGGCCUCGACGCCACGGAGCUGAUCAGCCGCCUGCACACGCAGCACGCGGUGCCGGAGCAUGCGGACAUUGGUGUGGACGUGGACCAGUCGGCGGACGGCACGCUGUCGACCGUUGAGGCGCAGAUCUUCGACGUGCUUGUGGCCAAGCACUGGGCCCUGCGGUAUGCGACAAACGCGGCGAUCGACGUGCUCAAGGUCGAUUCGAUCAUCAUGAGCAAGCCGGCGGGCAUCAAGGCGCCAGGACGCAACCCGAACUGGGACGAAGACUGA